AUGAACUUUAAAAUAGAUGAACAAAUAAGGGAGUACAAUUUGCUUAAGGACAGGUUUGUUGAUACCGAAACAGAAUUGCGUAAAUUACGAGAUACUUUGAAAGUAGUGCAGAAGAAGGCAAGCAAAGUCGAUGAAUUAGAAGCGCAGAUAAAAACAUUGGAGCAAAAAAAUGAGCAAUUAAAGAAUUGUCUGAACAAAAAUCAGCCUACAAAAGAAAGAAAUGAGACAGUUAAGGAAAUCAGAAAGGAGACUUUAUCCUUUGCAAAGGUACUCACACAAAACGAAAAGCAGGUACUAAGCAAAAAUCAGCCAGUAAACAAAGAUAAUAACAAAGAUAAGCGUGUAGUGGCAUGCGUGGCCAUGAAACCGACAUGUAAUAUAGAAACCGCUGCGGAGAGUUUUGAUAAAGAACAACUAUCGACAGAUAAUACAGAAAAUAAGAUGGAAACUAGCAAAAAGAAAGGAUCAUGGAUAACUGUACAGAAAAAGAAAUAUCCUGAGAGGCAAGUCUUAAGAGGAGGAAAUACUGGUACAGGAAAUAUUCAAGCGGAAAAAGAAUUGGAGGUGCGCGCGGCUGAGCCACUCGUGCCGCCCGACCCACAUCAUCCUCCGCUCGCCAUUGUGGUGCAGCGGGGGCGUGCGCGGUACGGCGGGCAGCCCGCGCCAGCGCCACUGCUAGCUGAAACAUUCAGAGCAUUUGCAAUAAAAAGUCUUCUAAUAUAUCUAAUAUUAGAAGACUUUGUACAAAGUAAUCCUGAUUACCAGAUAUUAUACUUUACUGAAACAUGGCUGUCUCCGGAAAAACUCGAACUGAUACAUUUAACCGACUAUCAAGUAGCCGCAUCGUAUUGUAGAACAUCGCGCACCGGAGGCGGCGUCUGCAUCCUGCUAAAAACUCGAACUGAUACAUUUAACCGACUAUCAAGUAGCCGCAUCGUAUUGUAG